AUGUCCGUGGUAGGGUCGUUGAUCUUUUGCGUAGAGUGCGGCAACCUGCUGGACAACCCGUCCGCCAUCGAGACCGCGCACAUCGUGUGCUCGCAGUGCGACGCGUCGUACCCCAAGGCCAAGUUCUCUGACCUCAAGGUCGUCACCGCGACGGCCGACGACGCCUUCCCGUCCGCGCUGCGCUCCAAACGCUCCGUCGUCAAAACGUCGCUGGCCAAGAACGAGCUCGACGAAGGUGCCACCAUCAAGGAAAAGUGUCCCCAGUGCGGGAACGACGAGAUGCGCUACCACACGUUGCAGCUGCGGUCCGCGGACGAAGGUGCCACGGUCUUCUACACCUGCACCUCGUGCGGCUACCGCUUCCGUACCAACAACUGA